UAUAAUACUUACUCAACAUCGGGAACAAUGUGUUUAGUUGGUGCGGCUGUGGUUGCUGCAUACUCUCUGUGUUCGCCUGCUAAGCGUGUAAAAAGACGUUGUUGGACACGAGAGCUCUUCGCAGAGGCUUCACAACACGGAUUAAGGUUAAUCGACCAGCUGUAUCUGAACGAUGGAAUGGGGUUCCGCAAUUUUACUCGGAUGACCCCAACGGACUUUGAAGUUCUUCUUGGAAUGGUUGGAGCCAAAAUUGCCGCAAAAGAAACAACAUUCCGCCAAACUAUUCCUGCGAACAUGCGGCUGAUUGUUGUACUACAUUUUCUGGCGACGGGAAACUCUUACACCAGCUUGCAGCACACUUUCAAAAUUUCCAAGCAAAUAAUUUCCCGGAUUGUACCUGAGGUUUGCACGGCCAUACACAUGGAAUGCUGCCAGUUUGUAAAGACACCGAAAUCUCAACACGAAUGGAAAGCUGUUGCUGCGGACUUCGAGCGAAAAUUCCAGUUCCCGCAUUGUUUGGGAGCAUUGGAUGGAAAGCAUGUAAAAAUUUUGGCACCUGUUCAUAGUCGCAGCGAAUACUACAACUACAAGAAAUGUUUCAGCAUAGUUAUGAUGGUUAUAGCAGACGCUAAUUUCAACAUCAUAUAUGCCAACGUGGGAGCCCAGGGUCGAUUUUCUGAUGGCAGUGUUUUUAGAAAAACGACGAUUCAUCAUAACAUCGAAAGAAAUACCGCCGGUCUCCCUGAGGACGAGCCUUUACCAGGACAAUCCAGUCCAACACCGUACGUCCUGGUGACUGAUAAAGCGUUUGCUUUAUCGAAGCAUUUGAUGAAGCCGUAUCCCGGACAUCCAACAGACAAAUCAAAAUUAUCAUAUAAUAAUCGGCUGUGCAGAGCGCGAAUCGUUAUUGAAAAUGUUUUUGGAAUUUUGGCAGCAAAGUUUAAGGUUUUCGCUAGCCCAAUAGCAUUACAGCCGGCAAAAGCGAAACAGAUUAUAAAUGCCUGUAUUGUCCUGAAUAAUUUUUUGCGCAGAGACGAUGAAUCGAGGAGUCAUUACUGUCCCGCUGGAAGUAUGGACAGAAUUCAAGGCAACACAAUUUGUCCUGGCUCCUGGCGAAAAGAUGCAAAUUCCACUGAAAUGUUCGAACUUCAAAGUGUGCCACGACAAGCGCCACGUAGUAUCGGCAAUCAUAGGAAAAAGCAGUCCGGACUGUUCGAAGUGUCCAGUUCUAGCCACGGACAACUUUCCGAGGGAGUUUUUUAG